UUCUUUGUCCACCACUGCUCCCAUGCAGUAGGUGGCUGUAGGCCCUCUAUCGUCUGUUUGCCCCUCAACUGAUCCAAACGAAGAAGAAGAAGAGGGACCUGUAAGGGGCUGGGUUUGGUUGGUUUGGUUGGAGGCAAAACCCUGAAAGGGGGUUUACCGUUUGUUGCAUCAAAAAUAAUAAAGUCGCUUUAUAAACUUGAUCGCAUUCAACUGCGAGAAGGACCGAAACAUCAAGGAGAGAAAAUAUGGAUGCAGGGGAAGAACAAAACACAGGCACUACCACCAACAACAACAAUGGAAAUCCUCAGACAAGUGGAAACUCUCGUGCACCUCAAAUCGCCCACAUGUCUCUGUAUGAAAGACAGGCUGUACAGGCUCUUCAAGCACUGCAAAGACAACCAAAUGCAGCUCAGUACUUCCAGCAGCUCAUGCUACAGCAGCAGAUCAAUAGUGCCCAACUCCACAACUUGGCUGCCGUGCAACAGGCCACACUUGCAGCGAGUCGACAAUCCAAUACCCCAAGUAACAGCAUGUCCCAGGCAACCACCACUGUCAACCUCAGCACCACAUCCACAGGAGGAACCACAACCAAUCCCCGUCCUCAUGGCCCAGCCACAUCUGCAACAACAACAGCAGCUCUCAACCAGUCCGUGUUGCUGGGUGGAAACUCAGCAGGACAAGGACAAAUGUAUCUUAGGGUAAACCGCUCUCUCAGGGCUCCCCUGGCCUCUCAGCUCAUCUUCAUGCCUGGAGGUACAGCAACAGCCACUGUAGCAACAGUUGCCCAAACACAGCCCCAGCAGCAGCAGCAACAGCAUGACAUUGCUAAUACCAAUGCAAGUGCUCAGUCUGAAAAUGAUCAGGUGCAGAAUCUGGCCCUACACUGCACUUCCACUCCCAGAGUUGUUUCUGUCAAGUCGGAGCAUCCAGAGAGGAAAGAUGUCGCCAGCUUUACUCUAAGUCAACAGCAGCAGACUUUUGCCCAGGCAGGUCAGCAGCAGCAAGUGCAAUCCCAGCAGCAGCAACAACAAAUGGCCAAAGGCAACUUUACACAGCAAUCUGCCGCCAACACAAUGACUGUAAAGACUGGAAAUCAGGCUGCAAUGACUGUUACUCCUGCUGCAUCUGUAGCUCCUUCCUCUAACUCCUCUCAAGCACUCCCUCUCCCCCAACUCCUAUUGUCCUCCUCUGCUGCCCCCAUGAUCCUGGUUCCCACUUCAAACGUCCCCACCACCACCCAGAGCUACUCUAUCAGCACGGUGACCCCAAAAGCCAACGUAAACACUCAGACUCUGGUUGUCCAGCCAUUACAACAAGCUAGCACUACAGCAGACAAAGGCCCUGUGCCAAUCCAGCCAAAGACAGCUCAGGGACACCGCUUACCUGUGCAGCUGCCUCCUCGACACCCACCUCCUAUUCUCCCAGCACCGCCAAGCAACAGCCAGGCAGCAGCCGGGGGGCACAAUGCUCCCCACAUCCCCGUGCAGCUUGUAGGAGCGAGGCAGGGCUUAGCAGGGAACGCACAGGUUUUAGCUCUGGCACAUGCACGGUGCAGCGCAACCCAGGAGAGUGCUGCUGGAGGGAAUGUUAACAUGAUUUGCAACAACAGUGCUAUGAUAAAGCCUGCCAUCAGUUCUCUGAAACGAAAAUCCGACUGUGAUGCUUCAAAUGAGAUGUCAACAGAAUCCUCUGCACCCAUGAAGGACUCUGCUCCUCCUUUAUCUCCUGCCCCAACAAAGGACUCAGUUCCUCUCGCAUCAGCUGCCUUCUCCUCUCCUCCCACCUUGUCCCUGCCUCUGCCCUUGUUAAGAGGCGGGCAUGGAGACAAAGACAGAGCGCCGGUCCCUCAGGCGGUAGUCAAACCCCAAGUUCUUACCCAUCUCAUCGAGGGCUUUGUUAUCCAGGAGGGUGCUGAGCCUUUCCCUGUUGCCGGACUCCUCAAAGACAGAGAUUUUGCCCUGGUUGGUCGCUCAGAGAAUGGGACUCCCUUGUUGAAGUGUGAAUACUGUGCAAGCCUCGCCCCUGCCAGCCAGUUCAGAGGAUCAAAGAGAUUCUGUUCAAAUACUUGUGCUAAGAGGUAUAAUGUCAGCUGCAGCCAACACUUUAAGACGAGCAGAGGAAGAAGUGGUGGAACCCUGGCCUCACCUCCAACCCCCUCUGACAGUGCUGCAAGGCGGAGGGCACCUUCUCGUAGGAGCAGCUCUAAUAUCACCUGUAAUAAGAUGCCAGGCAGGCAUCUAUCUGUCAAGUGUCACUCUGAGUCCAGCCGCUCCGAUGACAUCUCCAGCGACGGAGAAGAGGAAGAGGAUGAUUCUCCCUCACUAUCCCCAAGCUCUUCUCACUCCUGCUUGAGAGCCGGACACAGCGCUCCUCCCUCUGACAGCUCAGCUCCUGGAGGCCUCCCACUAGAGGGUGCUAACUUUCUCUCAGCGACUCCCGCUCAGUGGAGCGUGGAAGAAGUUUGCAGGUUUAUCUCUUCUCUUCAAGGUUGUGAGGAGUUGGCUGCUCAGUUCCUGUCGCAGGAAAUAGACGGGCAGGCUCUGCUACUCCUGCGAGAAGAUCAUCUCAUCUCGACCAUGAAUAUCAAACUGGGUCCUGCUCUAAAGAUCUGUGCCUCCAUCAACACGCUGCGUGAGUGAUGCAGGUGAUGCAGGUGGAGGGAGAAUAGGAUCUUUGAUUCCAUUUUAAUAAGAAGUUUAAAAGACUUAAGAUCUUGGAGGACAUGAGGUUUAACAGUUUACUUUCUGGACUUUGAAUGUGCAAAAAACAUCUUAUAUGUGUACUUUUUUAUUUGAGUUGUAUCCAUGUCAGUAGCGUUUAUUAGUUUUUAUCUGUUACUGUGAGUAGAGAAAAACCUUUUGUAUGUAUACUCUUGUGAAACUGUGCAAAAACCUGCCAGUGUGCAGUAACGGGUGCUAUCUAGGAUAAUUCACCUGUUGGGUUAAAAAAAGAAAUGUUGCCUUCUUGCUGGAUUUCAAACGGUGCUUUAACUUUGGUUAUAUGUUCUCUUUAGUCCACUUCCUUUAGAUGUUUUAGUCUUUUAUUAGAAAUGUGUUACUUUACUAUAGAUGUUCAACCAAGGCUCCAAUCACAUCGAGAAAAGGACACUCAUAAAGCCUUGUGUUUUUAUUUAGUUCAUUUAAUCAGUCAUUCAAAGUUUAGUUUUGUAUCUUUUCCAUUUUGUACUACAAUCAGAGUUAUUUUUUCAUGGAUGAGAUAUAGUUUUAGUAGCUUUAACCAACUUAACUACCUGAAAAUAGGUAUUUCUCAUGGUUUGCUCUCCUGAGGGCUGAGUGGAAGUGCUCUGUGUACGUAUGCAGUACUACCAAUAAACAAUACCUUUCAGAGGA